CCUCAGGGUGUCAGACGGCUCGGCUCGGUCGACUGUGAAGUCGUCGGGGUGUUUCCCGUGACGAGUUUCUCCCCAAAAUCCUGUCCAUUCCCAUUUCUCCUGUCUUUGUCUUCAUUUUCGACUACUUUUCGCAGAGCCAAAAUGGGAGGUGCGGUCAGUGCCGGGGAGGACAAUGAUGAGUUGAUUGACAACCUGAAAGAAGCCCAAUAUAUUCGCUCAGAUCUGGUUGAACAUGCCUUCAGAGCCAUUGAUCGUGCUGACUACUAUCUGGAAGAAUUCCGUGACAGUGCCUACAAGGAUCUGGCCUGGAGACACGGCAACAUCCAUCUUUCUGCACCCUGUAUCUACUCUGAGGUGAUGGAGGCUUUAGACCUGCAGCCUGGCCUUUCUUUUCUUAACCUAGGCAGUGGCACAGGCUACCUCAGCACCAUGGUGGGACUUAUACUGGGGCCAUUUGGUGUGAAUCAUGGUGUUGAAUUGCAUGAAGAUGUAAUAGAAUAUGCUUAUCAGAAGCUGGACUUCUUCAUCAAGAUGAAUGAUAGUUUUGACAGGUUUGAGUUCUGUGAGCCGUCCUUUGUAGUGGGCAACUGUCUGGAGAUUGCCCCAGAAAGUAGGCAGUAUGACAGGGUUUACUGUGGCGCAGGGGUCCAGAGGGAACAUGAAGACUACAUGAAGAAGUUGUUGAAGGUUGGGGGAAUCUUAGUACUGCCACUGGAAGAAAAGCUCACUAAAAUUACUCGGACAGGAUAUAACACAUGGGAAACAAGAAAGAUAAUUGCUGUGUCCUUCGCACCACUUGUGCUUCCUAAACACAGGGAAAAUGGCAAACCGAGAGCAGUGUCCCUACCUGCCAUGUUCGAGGUGCGGAGUCUUCAGGAUUUGGCCCGCAUCAGCAUCCGCCACAUUCUAAAGAAAUCUGGGUCUGGAUCCUUGCCACUACCCCGGAGACCUGGACUAAAGCGAAGAAAUCACCUUAAACAGAAACGUGAGCACCGUGACACCCCUCUUCUGACCAAUAGUUAUUUGUUCAUGAGUCGCUUGAUUCCCGGACCCAUGGACAACAACAACAACCAGUCAUCCACAGACAAUGAGGAUGAAGAUGAAGACUGCAGAAGGGUUUGUGAGCAACUAGAGGAGAAAGAAGAGAACGGGAGGAGGAAGGAGGGCAGUGUUUUGGUGAUAGAGACUCCAAUAAACCUCUUAAGGGAGAGGAUCCUCUGCCUGCCUUUGCCAGAGCCUCUCAAGAUGUAUCUUCUUUACUACAGAGAGAAGUAGACCUCUCCUUUCAGUGCAUAGUCUGUUAUAGACUACCCAUAGCUACCUAUCACUGUUACAUUAAGAGUCCAUGGCUCUUUAGUUACCAACUUUCACAUUCGGCUAACAGUUUACUAAAUCAUAAAUUCAGUGUAGUCUCACUUGUUUUGUGUGUGUUAUAUACCAUAUAGUUUCAGUUCUUAGAUUUAUGAUGAAAAGUGAAAAUCAAAAUAUUCUUCUGGUAUAUGAAGUUGUAAAAAAUGUCUAAUUGUGUGCUCAAUUACACUCAUAUCGUGUGAAAAUACAAAGGCACGUUUAAAAAAAUGUGAUCGUCCAAUAAUCUCUGUAGUAAAAUUUUGGGAUAAAAGACUUUGAUUUUCUAAAGUGUUUUGCCAAUUUAAAA